AUGGCACACCCAGCAGUUAUGGAGCAGUUCUCCAACACGAACUUCGUCUUGAAACGUGGAGUUAUGACGGACAUCAUGACUGCGCCAUACGAGUCGAAAAGCAACUUCCCCAAGGAGUGGCGUCUUAAAGUGUGUAGACAUCGCAACACCAUAUACUUAUGCAAUGACGCGGAGUUUCCACAAUGGAAAAGCUUCUCCAGUGCAAGCCCCCGUGAACAACAGACGACACACUGGGGUUUUAGAUUUGAAUCCUACUGCACAGCCCCCGUCAAUCCAGAAGCUGAAGUGAACAGCAAGCCGAAUGAUACUGCAGGAUUUGACACAGUGGUCUACACGCAACUGGCUGAUCAUUCGUUCAUAUUGGCUGCGGAGGUGGAUGGUGAGCUUGACCGACCCGGCCUAUCACCGCCCUCCAACUAUGUGGAGAUGAAAACCCACAGGAACCUUCGUACUGCUUACCACACGGAAAUGUUCCACCGCCACAAGCUCUUCCGUACGUGGGCUCAGUGCCAUUGCAUUGGUGUACCAGACAUUCUGGACUUCUUCGACUGGCUUUGGGGAAGCAUCGAGGAGGCUGACCCUCUGCAGGUGUAG